CGCGGCGCCGAGGGCAGCAGCUGUCACCUCAGAGGAGCUGCCAGCGCCCCCCGCCCCCUCCGCAGGGCGCGGGCCCUCGGUCCCCUGCGCUCCCAGCGCGGUCUAUUUAUAUCACCAGGCCCGCACAGGCCCAUAUUGGGCAGUGCCCGCUGGUCAAGCCCGCUAGCUGCCCCGCCCCGGCCAGCCUGGCCCGGUCCGCGCGGCCACAGGGCCAGGUCGCGGCGCCAUCCCUGCGGCCUCUGCGGAGCCAGUGGGGCCGUGCCUCAAGCCGGGGGUCAGCAGCUUGAGUGUUCCAGCACGUCUCUGUAGCUUUUUGAGUAAUCAGACAUGCAAAUAGCCCCGCAAGAAUCCAGCUACCUUUGAAGAAGACGUACUUAGAAACACUGAAAAGUGUAUCAUGGAGUGCAAGGCUGAGGGAAAAGAAAAAUACCAACAUAGUUUGAAUUUACUGAAUCAAGUUAAGAGCAUGAAAGAAUUAGCAGAAAUGAUCGAUGUCAUACUCAUAGCAGAGGGGGAGAAAUUUCCUUGCCACAGGCUAGUCCUGGCUGCCUUUAGUCCUUAUUUCAAAGCUAUGUUCACCUGUGGACUACUCGAAUGUACUCAAAGGGAAGUCAUACUUUAUGACAUCACAGCAGAAAGCGUGUCCGUGAUAUUGAAUUACAUGUACAAUGCAGCUUUAGAGAUUGAUAACGCCAAUGUUCAGACUGUCGCUAUGGCUGCCUAUUUUAUGCAGAUGGAAGAAAUCUUUAGUGUGUGUCAAAAAUAUAUGAUGGACCAUAUGGACGCCUCGAACUGUGUAGGUAUCUAUUAUUUUGCAAAGCAGAUUGGAGCUGAAGAUUUAUCUGAUCAAUCAAAGAAAUACUUGUAUCAGCACUUUGCUGAGGUGAGCUUACAUGAAGAAAUAUUAGAAAUCGAAGCACACCAAUUUCUGACACUUAUUAAAUCAGAUGACCUUAACAUAUCCAGGGAGGAGAGCAUUCUGGACUUAGUCCUGAGAUGGGUAAAUCAUAACCAAGAACUGCGCACAGAGCAUCUUGUUGAGCUUUUGAAGCAAGUCAGAUUGGAACUUAUAAACCCUUCUUUUUUAAGACAAGCCCUGAAAAGGAACACAAUGCUUCUGUGUGAUGCAGAUUGCAUUGACAUAAUUCAGAAUGCAUUCAAAGCCAUCAAGACACCCCAACAGCACUCUCUAAAUCUUCGUUAUGGCAUGGAGACUACUAGUCUUUUGCUUUGCAUUGGCAACAACUCUUCAGGAAUCAGGUCAAGACAUAGGAACUAUGGGGACACCAGUUUUUGUUAUGAUCCUGCUUCACGGAAGACCUAUUUUGUCUCGUCUCCCAAGUAUGGAGAGGGCUUGGGAACCGUGUGUGCUGGUGUGGUCCUGGAAAACAACACCAUAAUUGUGGCCGGAGAAGCAAGUGCCUCUAAACUCUCUAGACAAAAGAACAAGAAUGUUGAAAUCUAUAGGUAUCACGAUAAAGGAAACCAGUUUUGGGAAAAGUUAUGCACCGCUGAAUUUCGAGAGCUCUAUGCUCUGGGCAGUGUCCAUAAUGACCUCUAUGUUAUAGGAGGACAGAUGAAAGUUAAAAACCAGUAUCUCAUUACAAACUGUGUGGAUAAGUACUCUGUAGAACGGGAUAGUUGGAGAAGGGUGUCUCCUCUUCCACUGCAGUUGGCAUGCCAUGCCGUAGUAACCGUGAAUAAUAAACUUUAUGUGAUCGGAGGCUGGACCCCUCAGAUGGAUCUCCCUGAUGAAGAACCGGAUCGACUAAGCAACAGACUGUUGCAGUAUGACCCCAGCCAAGAUCAAUGGACAGAGCGGGCGCCCAUGAAGUUCUCUAAAUACCGAUUCAGUACAGCUGUAGUCAACAGUGAGAUUUAUGUUUUGGAGCACAGUCAGAUAAGAUUAAAUGGAAGUCCACUGACUUAUGGAAAACAAAAUUAUUUGUAUGGAAUUUUCAAGUCCCUUGGAAUUCGAGAACAAUAAUGAUACAUCUUUAUAUAUAGUAUCAAGUAAUAUUUUGAAGUGGGAAUAAGCCUUUGGCCACCUUUGGUUGAUGAAGUGUGUGUUUUAGCAACCAACUGUGAUUAUCUGUGCUAAUAGAGUAAGCCACCAUAGGUAAGACACACAUUAUGCCAGCCCUCUUCAUUUUGCCUCACCCACCAAAUUUCUGUAGAGGUGUUAUCAAAUAAUUCUCAUCUGAAUGUAUUUUUUUUCUUAUUUCUUAAAUAUGUGUGAUCUUGUGAAAGACUGGUUCAUUUCCACUCAAGUGGGUAAAAAUUCUAGAACAUCUCCUAUGCUUCCCUUAUCCUUCUUCACUUCUUAUUUUUUCCUCUUUUUUUUUAAAGAUUUUUUUUAUUUAUUUGAGAGAGAGAGAAUGAGAGAGAGCAAGCACAUGAGAGGGGGGAGGGUCAGAGGGAGAAGCAGACUCCCUGCCGAGCAGGGAGCCCGAUGCAGGACUCGAUCCCGGGACUCCAGGAUCAUGACCUGAGCCGAAGGCAGUCGCUUAACCAACUGAGCCAUCCAGGCGCCCUAUUUUUUCCUCUUUUAUUAAGUCCUUUGCUCUUCUAAGCACAUUUCAUGACCUCCUCUCCCUCUCCCACUGUCCUUGUCCUGUGUAGGAAAGGGUGAGACUGGGUCAAGGAGGCUGACCGGCUGGUAAACUGAUAAGGAUUCCAGUAUUCUCUACUUCAUCUCAUGCACACUGAUGACUAACUGGCAAAAACAUAGGGAAGGUGAUGGAUACCAAAAAGAAGGCAAAGAAAAAACUUGAGAUACGGGCUGAGAGCAAACCAGGCAUUUGAAUAGACUUUUUUUUUUGCUAAAGGGAAGCCAUUAUCUCUUGGUUGCCUGCACAGCAUGAAACAAAAUAAUUAAUGCACUCAAAUAUUAAUAGUUUUAUAAUUUUAAGAACAUUAUGCAACAUAAUUUAUGACUACCUCAGUGAUGAGACUCGUAAUUAUAAUUAAGUUUUUCCUCUGGAAAUAUAUUUGUUACUUGGUUAUAACCAUAUGCUGUGUCAUAGGCCCAGAAGAGACAAUAUCUAAACCAGGAUAGAUUGCUUAGGAUAGAUGUAUAACUCCAGGGAGGGAAGGGCUGAUCUCCUAAUUAUAUUAAAGUUGGAGGUAGUCAAAAGUGGGAUAAAAGUGAUUUAUCAACUGAACAAAAAUGAGAUUUCUGCCUAAUGUGGAGCCACAACUAGGCGAGAUGUAGGAUAAAAAUGUAAUGUUUUGUUUUUGGUAAGUUAUAUGGGGAAAAGCACCUUCAAGACAGCCUUUGGAGCUCACCCUUGUUGGCAUGAACAAAUGCCCACUAGAUGAAUGAAAGGAGGCAGAUGUUAAAGGAUCCGUAAGAACUGGGUAGGUGACAGAGAGAGAAGGGUACACCCAGGAAGGGAGAUGGUGCAGAGCGGCAGGGAAGAAGAUGAGGAGGAGAAAACUCAAGCCAAAGCUUGGCGGUGAGAGUGGAGAUAGUAAGAAUAGAAAAUGAAAGGAGAGUUAGUAAAUGAACCCACCAGGUGCAGGGAGCUGCAGGAGACAGAGUUUACAGGUAAACUGGGAGCCAGGUUACAAAGGACUAUAGUGGAAAACCAAGAGAAUAAUAGUAAGUAAUGAAAAACUAUGCAGAAGCAACAUGAUUACAUCAAAAACGAAUGGUGUAUUGUAUGGUGAUUAACAUAAUAAAAUAAAACAAAAUUAAAAAAUAUAUAUUUGGGGAGUAUUGGUGAGGUGAGGAUUAAAGAACAGAUCAAAGGUUCGAAGAGACUGAAAAUGGAGAGACCAGCCAGGAAGGCUUUUGUAGUAGCUUAGAAUAUAGUUUCUGGAUAUUCAGAACUGAGUCAUGAUUAAAUAAAACAAAGUUGUAAAAUCCCUACAAUGUAAGUGUUCAGACAUUAUUAUAACCACUGUGUUUUUGAGCCCCUUUGUGUUACAGAUACUUUGCUGAAUUCUUUGCAUAAAGAAAUUCAUUUAAUGGUCAUAAAAAACUGAUAAAGCAUUAACUUUUCUGUAUAACAGACUAGAUAUCUAGACUAAUCCACUGAAAAUGCCAAAAAAAAAAUGUUGGGAAAACAUUUUUAAAAUUUUUCUGAAGAGCUUCUAAGAUCUGUAAUGGCAGUAGGAAUUUAGCAGGCCAAAAGCUAAGUGAAAGCAGGAGGCUUCCAACUAUGAAGAAGUGAAUGAGUUGACAUCCUCUCCCCAAAAAGCAACUAUAAAACCAGAGAGAUUUUUCAAAAACAACCAUUUCAGAUCUCUAGAAACCAACCAAAAACAAUAAAUUGAGAAGAGCUUAUCUUCUCAAAACUGCUGAACUUGAGGUAAGUUUUCAGGCAGUCCUUGGCAUUCUUUCCUGAGCUGCCCCAGUUCCCUACCCCAGUAGAUCCAGCAUGGGAAUUCUAGCAGAGUGGGCUAGCUGUGAAAACCAGCAUCUUUGUUUGCCAGAGGGGGCUGACACGUUUGGGAGUGAAGGGUGGGAACCUACACUCACAGUGACAAAUGGGAAAAGCCCACAUUUCUUCUAACCUGAGCUUUUAGUCCUGCUUGGGACAGCAGCAGACAGGAGAAUUAGCCAGAAAUUUAAUAGGGACAUUCCAGGAAAAUCCUGGAUAUGAGAGUCCUAGAGGGGCUUGAUAAAUUCUCCACACAUCCCUGGAGACUAGGGAAGCUGCAUAGACAUGGAGCCCAUAAGAGGAUAUAAGCUCUUCACACAUUCCUGGAUGACUGGGAGUCUGAGCUCAUGUACAGAGAUCUGAGAAGGCCAGGCAGAAGGUAAAAGUCAUGGUAGACUUGAAAACUGCCUGAGCUUUGAAUGUGCUCCCAACCUCCACAUAGACCCACCAAGCGAGGCUGGAAGCCUUCCUAUUGUUUGAGUACAACAAUACUUGACCUGACCCAUGAAGAAAUAAGAGUAACACCUCUGCUUUAAAAAGAGAGAGAGAGAGAGAGAACAUUUUUAAAAAUGGAGGAGAAACCAAAACAAACCACAGGAGAGGCAUAUUAAAUCUAAGCAAAUUACUUAAAAACAACAACAAUAACAAAAGACAAAAAAUACCCUAGGGGGAAAAAUAAAAUUAGAAGUUGCUACAAUGUAUUAUUUUAAAUGUCUAGUUACCAACAAAAAUUUACAUACAAAGGAAAAUAAACAGGGAAGUGUAACCCAUGCUGGGGCAGGGGCAGGGAAGCAUUCAAUAAAACCUGUCUCUGAGGGGCUCCAGAUGUUAGAUUUAGCAGGCAUAGUCUUCAAAGUACCUAUUAAAUAUAUGUUCAUAGAAUGAACAAAAAUCAUUUUUAAAGAAUUUUUAAAGAAUUCCUUUAAUGAAUUAAAGGAAAAUAAAAUGACAGUGACUCCCCAAUGAUAUCAAUAAAGAAAUAGAAAUUAUCUAAAAGAACCAAAUGGAAAUUCUAAAGUUGUAAAGUAUAAUAACCCAAAUGAAAAAUUUACUAAGUGGGCUCAAAAACAGAUUUGAGUUGUCGGAAGAAAGAAUCCAUGCACUUGAAAUAGGUCAGUGGAAAUUAUUAAUCUGAAGAAGAGAGGGGGAAAUUGGAGAAAAAUUAGCAAAGCCUCAGAGACAAUAUAAAAUACCAUCGAGUCUACCAACAUAGGUAUGAUUCCCAAAAGAAGACAGAAAGGAGCAGAAUUUUUUUUCGUCAAAAGCUUCUCAAACUUGAUGGAAAAACUUUAAUCUACAUAUCCAAGAAGUUCAUUAAACUCCAAAUAAGCUAAAUUCACAGAGAUCCUCACCUAAACACAUUGUAGACCAUUCACUGAAAUAUAUCAUAGACAAAAAAUUCUUAAAAGCAAUAAGAAAAAAAUAACAUAUAGAUCAUAGUAUAUGAUCAUAACAUCAUAAUAUGCUCAACAGGUGACUUAUCAUCAGAAAUAGUGAAGGCAAGAAGGCACUGGAAUAAUAUAUUCAAAGUACCACAAGGAAAAAUACUCAACCAAGAAUGUUUCUGUGUCCAUCUUCUAUGUUCAGCAAAACUAUUAUUUUAAAAUUAAAGUCCAGCAAAGACGUUCUCAGAUAAAUAAAGACUGAGAUAAUCUGUGGCUAGCAGACUUGCAAGAAAUACUAAAGGAAUACUAAAGAAAUACUGAAAUCCUUCAGAUUAAAAAGAAAUAUACCAGAAUAAUUCUAAUCCAUAGGAAAAAAUGAAAAGCACUGGAAAUGACGAAUAUAUAGGUAAAUAUAAAAGACUUUAUACAUAUUCAAUUUUUUAUCUCUUAAUUUCUUUAAAUGAUAUAAGAGCAGAUAAAACAAUAAUUAUGGAACUAUACUGUUGGAUUUAUGACAUAUGUAGAUAUAGUACAUAUAACUAUCAGAAUUGGAGAGGAACAAGAGAUAUAUUGGAACAGUGUUGCUAUAUUUUAAUAAAAUUAAGGCAGUAUUAACCUGAAGUAGAUUGUGAUAAAGUAACAUAUAUAUUAGAAUUUCUAGAGCAACUACUAAAAAAAUUUCAAAUAGUUUAAAAAUCAAAAGAAUUAAAAUGGUACACUUAGAAAAUGAUAAACACAAAAGAAGGCAGUGAAGGCGGAACAGAGGAACAAAAACAAUAUGAGACGUUGUAAAUCCAACUACAUAAAAAAUUACAUUAAAUGGGAAUGGACCAAAUACUUCUAUCAAAAGGUAGAGAUUUCAGACUGAAUAAGAAAAUAAGACCAAGUAUAUGCUGUCUAUAAGAGACAUAUUUUAUAUUCAAUUACAUAAAUAAGUUGAAAGUUUUAUUAUUUUAUAGAGAAAGACCUACCAUGCAAACAGUAACUUUAAGAGAAUUGAAGACGGUUUAUCAUUAUCAUACAAAAUUGACUUUAAGAGCUAUUACUAUAAAGAGAAAUUUUGUAAUAAUGAUCAAUAUGCCAGGAAUAUAUACAUAUAUUAUAUAUAUAUCUCAAUUAUAAAUGUGUCACACCCAACAACAGAGCUCUAAAAUACAUGAGGCAAAAACUAAAAUGAGAACUAGAAAAUCACCAUUGGAGAUUUGUAUCCCACCUUCAAUAAUUGAUUGAACAACUGGACAGAAAAUCAGCAAAAUGAUAAAGACUUGAACAACACUAUCGACCAACUUAACCUACCUGACAUUUGUAGUACGCACAUAUAAUAGUGAAAUACACAUUCUUUUCAAGUGUACAUGGAACAUUCUCUAGGCUUAAUCAUAUGCCAGGUCAUAAAACAAGUCUCAAUAGAUUUUUAUUUCUUUUAAAGAUUUUAUUUAUUCAUUUGAGAGAGAGAGAGACAGGGAGAACAAGGCGGGGGGGGGGGGGGGCAGAGGGAGAGGGAGAAGCAAGGAGCCUGAUGCAGGGCUUGAUCCCAGAACCCGGGGAUCAUCACCUGAGCUGAAGGCAGAUAUCCAACUGACUGAGCCACCCAGGUGCCCCUCAAUAGAUUUUUUAAAUUGAUGUUAUUCAAAGUAAAUAACUGACCAUAAAAUAAUUAAAUUAUAAAUCAAAGACAGAAAAAGGAAAUCCUCAAAUAUAUGGAAAUUAAACAGCAUACUUCUAAAACUUUGGGUAAAGAAAUCACAAAGGAAAUAAAAUAUUUUAAAUUGAAUGAAAACUAUAGGUGUAUAUCCCUCAUGACCCUAGAUUCAACAAUCUUUAAGAAACACUUAGCAAAUUGAAUCUAGCAACAUAAAAAUUAUUAUGUGUCAUAAAAAAUCCUUAAGAAACAAUAAGCAAAGUGACUCCAGCAACAUAAAAAAUGAUUAUAUGCCAUGGCCAAGUGGGAUUUAGCCCAGAAAUGCAGGAAUGCAAGGUUGGCUCAAUAUCCAAAACUCAAUGUAAUACACCAUUUUAAUAAAGGACAAAAACCAAAUGAUCACCUCAAUAGAUGUAGAAAAAGCAUUUGACAAAAUUCAACCCCCAUUCUUGAUAAAAUUCUCAACAAAUUAGGAAUAGAACGGAAUUUCCUCCACUUGUUAAAAGGUGUCUAUGAAAAACCUACAGCUAAGAUGAUACUUAGUGGUGAUUUUUCUACCUACGGUCAGGAACAGGGAAAGAUGCCUGCUCUUGCUCCUCCUAUUCAACAUUGAACCAGAGGUUCCAACCCAUGCAAUAAGGCAAGAAAAAGAAGUUAAAGGUAUACAGAUUAGAAAGGAAGAAUUAAAAAGUCCUUAUUCACAGAUUAUAUAUUCUUGUGUGUAGAAAAUCCUAAUGAAGCUACAAAAAGUAAAUAAAUAAAAAGAAAGAAAUAAAGACUACUAGAGCUAAUAAUUAAUUUUAGCCAAGGUCACAGGCUAAAGAGAUCACAAGAUAUGAGAUCAUAUACAAAAACUAACUGUAUUUCUAUGUGCUAGCAAUGAACAUUCCAAAAAUGAAAUUGAGAAAAUAAUUCUAUUUCCAAUAGUAUCAAAAAGAAGAAGGGCGCCUGGGUGACUCAGUUAAGCAUCCAACUCUUGAUCUCAGCUCAGGUCUUAAUCUCAGUGUCAUGAGUUCAAGCCCUGCAUUGCGCUCCACUCUGGGCAUGGAGCCCACUUAAAAGAAGGAGGAGAAGUAUAUGAAUACAUAUAACCCCCAAACUGUAAGACUCAUAUGCAGAAAAUUAUAAAACACUCCCAAGAGUUAAAGAAGAUCUAAAUAAAUGAGAUAUAUUCCUUGAUUAUGUAUUCAAAGAUUCAAUAUCGUUUAGAUAGCAAGUCUCCCAAAAUUGAGCUAUAUAUUCCAUACAACCCCUAUAAUAUCCCAGCAUUAUUUUAUUUCUAUUUUGUAGUCUUAAAUACUUUUUAAUUUUUUAAAUUCCUGUACAGUUAACAUACAAUGUUAUAUUAGUUUCAAGUGUAUAAUAUAGUGAUUCACCAAUUCUAUAUAUUACUCAGUGCUCAACAAGAUGAGUGUACUCUUAAUCCCCUUCACCUAUUUCACCCAUUUCCCCCACCCACCUCCCCUCUGGUAACCAUAUUUUUUCUUUAUAAUUAAAGGUCUUUUGGUUUGUCUC